AUGACUCAAGAGAUAAAACAAACGUUACCACCGGAUAAUUUUAACUCUACAGCUAACUUGACGAGUAACGCUGUAUACCCGUCCACUCUCAGUAUUUCAUCAAAAGAUAUUAACGAUGAGAAGGCUUACAAUCCCUUUGAACAUCGCGAAGUUGAACAUCCAAAUUCAACAAUCGGUUCAAUUUUGCAUCUACUCAAAGCGUGCCUCGGUACCGGCAUCCUAGCGAUGCCCGCAGCGUUCAAGAAUUCUGGUCUCGUUACUGGUGUAAUCGGAACGUUGAUCGCUGGCUUCGUUUGUACGCACACCGUGCAUAUGUUGGUUAGGGCAUCACAGGAGCUGUGUGUUGUUGUGAAGAAACCUUCAAUGGGCUUUGCGGAGACGUGCGGCGCUGCCUUUUCACACGGGCCCAAACCCCUCCGAUCGUGGGGUGGAGCAAUGAAGAACUUGAUUGAUUAUUCAAUGGCUUUAACUUACUUCAGCGUACUUUGUGUUUACGUUGUCUUCAUUGGAUCAUCGUUUAAAGAGGUCUUAGACGUAUACAUGCCGAGCCUGAACCUAUCCAUUCAGACAUACUGCGCUUUGACAUUGAUACCACUGGUGCUCAUCUGCCAAAUCAGAAACCUGAAGUACUUGGUGCCGUUUUCGGCAAUCGCCAACUGGCCAUUGUUCUUAAGCACAGUAAUAUUUGCGAUGGAGGGGAUCGGCGUCGUUAUGCCCGUCGAAAACGAGAUGGCGAAGCCGCAAAAGUUCCUCGGGUGUCCAGGUGUGCUUAACACUGCCAUGGUUAUUGUCAUCACCUUGUACGGAGUAGUUGGCUUCUUCGGUUACGUUCAAUACGGUGACGAGGUCAAAGGUAGCGUAACACUCAACCUUCCCCAAGAUGAAAUUGUGGCCCAGAGUGCGAAGCUUAUAAUGGCUCUGGUUAUUUACUUCUCGUACGCGCUACAGUUCUACGUAGUGAUGGAAAUGAUCACUCGUCUCCUACAAAAGAGAUCUUCGACCAAGUACGAGAACGUUAUUCAAAUCGGUAUUCGGACGGCCCUUGUGACUAUGAGCGUUGCGAUAGCCGCCGCCUUCCCAAACUUGGAGCUGGUAAUCAGCUUUGUUGGGGCGAUCUUCUUCUCGACCCUGGGCUUGCUUGUCCCCGCCGUGGUGGACACUGUCUUUCAAUGGGACCGCGGGCUAGGCAGGUUCAAUUACAUUCUCGUCAAGAAUGCAGUUAUCGGAAUAAUAUCGAUAAUCGCCCUUGUAUCAGGUUCCUAUGUCUCUGUAGUUGGAAUGCUUAAAGACCUAUCCAGUCAACACAUCCAUCAAAAUGUCACGGUU